AUGCAGAUGAUUGAUAAACUAAUAUCAGUAACGCGUGAAUCGAAUUGGGAUGAAGCGGAACGUAUUUUGGUGGAUUAUUGGACACAACAAUGUCCACUCAUUUGUGCACCCACAAAGGAUCCAUCGUUUGAUUUUAAGAUCGAUGAAAAUACAUUCAAUGAAAAGCUGCUUCAUCCUAUUGCUUGUGCAUAUUGUUUGGAUAGAAAUGUUGGAAUGGAUUUAACGCCACUCAAUGCAUCAUACGGGUCGAAAUCAAGUGCAAAUCGUCGAAGUGCUUUCUGUGGACAUGUUUUUAGGGGUGGAGAAGCGACGUAUUCAUGCAAAGAAUGUGCUUGUGAUCCUACAUGUGUUAUGUGUUAUCAAUGCUUCCUAAAUUCCGCUCAUAAAUCACACAGAUAUGGAAUGUGGGCAUCCAAUGGAAAUGGCUGCUGUGACUGUGGUGAUGUGGAAGCUUGGAAAGAGCAUCCGGCAUGCAAAUUACAUGAAGUGCUACGAAAUGAUGAGCAUGAUUCGCAGGUGACUGAUGUACCAGCAGAAAUUACAGAACAAGUCGAAACACGUAUACGUUCACUAACACGCAUUGUACUUCGAUUCUCGACGAGAAUUAUCUGUUGGCGUGAUGAAAACACAUUGCCAACAUUUCUAAAAGAGAAAGAAACGGAUAGCAUUUUGCCGCUUUAUCAGACCAUUUUGUUAAAUGAUGAAACUCAUACUUUUGACUCAGUAAUCAGGGCAUUAAACCUUUCUAUACAUUGUAAUCAGCUACAAGCAAUGCAAUUAGCUACUGUAAUUGAUCGUGAAGGUCGUGCUUCUGUUCGCAAUGGUAAUAUUGAUUACUGUAUAAAGGCAAAAGAUGAAAUUCAGAGGCGUACUCAAAGGGAUUCAAAUCAUCGAACAGAAAAGAGUGGUCCGUUAGAUGUGCGUGUUAUCGAUAGUCGAUUUAUCUCACUGCAGAAUUUUGCAGUGCGUCUAAUUGGAUGGUUGACGAAUCAAACACGUCAUUUUCCGGCUUUAGCCCUUACGGUGUGUGAAAUAUUAUUAAAUGAAAAAAUUGAGCUGCAAGCAGGCAAUGAUAGCACAGGAGAAGUGGAUCAAACGCUUAUGGCUCAUAUAAUGAGAUGUGAUAGUGCGCUAUGGAAAGGUGCAAGAAUAGGUUUUCAUCAGUUGAUUAUGGCAACAAUAUUGAUGAAUAACGAGCAGAAAAAAGCUUUCUCAAAAUUAUAUGUCCGAUUGUACAAAAAGAUAUACGAUGACUUCAUUGAUGAUGAUCACGAUCAAUCGGUAUCCAUCACUGCCUUAACCGUUCAGAUUUUUACCGUACCUACAAUAGCGCGUAUGUUGAUUGCUGAGGAAUCAGCUUUCCAAGUUGUGUUCGAUACACUGGUGAGCCAGUGCAGGAAAUAUCUCAAAACACCAAACAAAAUGAAAUUUGAUUUUUCUGCACGGUCAUAUCCUCAUGCACUUCGACGCGCUUUAUAUAUGCUCAGUGAUCAGCGAUAUCUCUUGUCUGUUGUCCCUUCAGAGCAGGAAUGGACACCUUCGUUACGUGAAAAUUUCCUUUGUGGAUGUUCCUCCCUUAUACGGUUUCUUUCUUUUAUGCAGGGUAUGAAUGAAGUUCGUCGUCAAACUACAGAGCAUCAAGUUUGGGAGCAGGAAUGGGAGACUGCUUUUAAUAUUCAAAUCAAAUUACAACACGUCCUUACACUCAUCAUUUGUUGGGCUAAUUCGGAUGAAAUUGUCCAUAAUCGUCUCAUGGUUCAACUUAUUAACGAGCUGGAAGCGAUAGCUGAUCAAAAUCCUGACUUUGCAAAUAAGAUUGUUGUAGAAGUAAAUGGUAUAAAAGCAACCUCCAUACCGUUUGAUUUGUCAUAUGGUUCACUUUCGGUGCAUCAACCUCUUUGGCGACUUUUAGCCGGUUUAUUCACCGCACAGCAGUCAUUGCUUCAAAAAAUUUGCAUUAGAAAUGAGGCAGAAAAAGUCCCCGAAGGAAUGAUCAAUUUAAGAGGGAAGCGUGCACUUCUAAUGGAAAUGCCACUACGGGUUUUUGUACUUUGUUCGCAAUCACAGGCGCAAAUGUGGCGAAGAAAUGGGUUUUCAUUGGUAAAUCAGAUCCACAAUUAUUCUGCACCGACUUGUCGUGCGGAAAUGUUCGAUAGAGAUGUUAUGAUGUUACAGGUUUGUGCUGCAGUGACACCGCCUGACACAUUCAUUAUAAGAGUUCUGCAUCGAUUUGGUUUGCGAGUUUGGGCUGAAACAAAUUUCGAGGAAAUUCGCGCAGCUAUCAGCAAUGUAGCAUCUGAUGAUUUGAGCAAAUGUACGGUUACUUUAGCUGAGGAAAUGCUUCACUUAUUAAUCAUUAUUAUUGGAGAGCGUUACAUGCCGGGUGUUGGAAAAUCAACAAUGAAAGCGUUACUGCGGCGUGAGGUUCUCCACGUCCUUGCUACAAAGCCAACACCUUUCAGUAAGAUUGAACGUGCAAUGCCAGUAAAUCAACUUUUCGCGGAACUUUCUGUGGAAGAAGCGGCUAAAAGUGUAGGAGAUUUCAGGAAACCAACGAAGACAUCACCGGGUAUUUUCCUAUUAAAAGAUAAUGUAAGAAGUGAGUACAAUGCAUUCUUUUAUCACUAUUCGAAAACGGAUGUUUCAAAUGCUGACCAGUAUCGACAAAAGUAUGCUGACAAAGCGCUUAAAAAAGAGGUAGCAAUAGCAGCACCACCGAUGCCACCACAAUUUGAACCGUUUUAUGCGCCUAUCAUAAAUCUUUUGCGCAGCAAAAUGAUGAUGCAGCUGAUACGUAUCGUUCUUGAGAGGGCAGCGCGAAGAAGUCGCUACUCAAGUGAUGGCCUACUGCAUCGAGCGCUUUUCCUUGUGGGAAUGGGCCUUAAUGAGCAGGCCAUGAACAAGAACUUCGACUUCAUCAGUUGUGCUGAAGAGGCUAAUGUAUUUACAGUGAUGAAGAGCUUGACUGGAAAACCUGAAUCAGAACCACAUGCUGAUCUUCUGGGAUAUUUGCUUGAGCGCUAUGAAAAGACGAAAUCACAGAGCAAAGGAACUGUUGUACUGCCGGAACUGAAGUCGGAAGUAUCCGAAUCAGAAAUCAAAGCCAGAAAAGCGGCGAUUGCAGCUAAAAAGCGAAAACAGGCAAUGGAUCAGAUGAAUCGGCUGCAGAAGCAAUUUGUAACACAAAACCAAGAUUUGCUUGGAAGGGAAUUUCUUGAAGGAAAAGAACCUCAAAGACAUGAUGAGGAUGAAGAGCCAUUAGGGAUUUUACCACAAGGGAGCGGUUUUCCGACUUGUUUGGGCAUCGAUCGAAUCACUGCCAGAUGUGAUGAUUGUCGUCGAAUUACAUGUAUUCUAUGCCAGGAAGAUGAAGAUGUUACAGCGGAUGGUCAAGCACUAGUAUGUGCUGCACUUAUGCAAAAAUCAUCACUAUUUGCAAGGCUUAAACAAGAGGAAGAGGCUGCAUCAGAAUUGUCCAAGGUAUUUCUAUCCGCUUCUCUUCGAAAUGGUCCUGGAGCUUCAACAUGUGGUCAUGUAAUGCAUUUUAAUUGCUACAAAAAAUUUUCUGAAUUGCUGAAAGAUCGCGAUCGUGGCCGUAAUCGACAACUCAUGGCAUAUAAUCCGCGUGUGCUUGAUGUUAAUUCUGGUGAAUAUCUGUGCCCGCUAUGCAAACGUCUGAGUAAUACGAUACUACCAAUUCUACCUCCUCUUGCACAAGUUUUCGCGGACAGAAUUGCUCAUAAAGAAAGGCAUAUCGAAUUUGAAGAUUGGAUAAACCGUUUCUUUGGAUUUUUCGAUGGCCUAUGCUCUAUCAGUAAUGACAAAUCAUUCAAAGGUCACAGCAAGAAGAGGUCACAUUCGGAACGGUCAUUGAUGGAAUUAGCUGGUCGAGAAGCCGAAACUGGAAAUACAUUAUCAGCAUCGGCUCCCUCUACAUCCACCAUAUCCUUUAUGACGGAAACGAAUCCAGUUGUGCACCCCAAAUCGGAUGAAUUGAUGGAGGUAGACGAUAACGAAGAAAACGCAGUGAAGACAACUGCGAAAAGGCAAAGUGGCCCUGACGGACGUUUCUUUGCAAUCCUUACGUCUAUUCCGGAUGUAAUGCAUAAAAUCAAAGACAUGCUUACUCAGCCGGAAAAGCAACAGAAUGAUAGUGUGCGAACACAUUUUUCACCAGCGAUUUGGGAUAUGGUGGAUUAUUUCCUGAAACAAACAAAUUUGCAUUUGCAAAAUGACGGAACUUCCGGUUAUUUCAAUCGGGAAAUUGUGGAAGCCGUUUCUACGUUCCAAACAGCUGCAUUUUCACUUCGUUCAAUUGCAGCAGUACUUCGUCGUGGCGAUAAGCCAUUAUUUGGAGCAUGGAAUGCCAGACAGCGUGAGUGUAUAUAUGCAUUGUCACGAAGUUGUGCAGUAGCGACAAUGAAAUGCCACUCAUCAUACUAUUAUCUCCGACUUCUUCUGUUCCAGUUAUUAUCUCCCCUCCUGUCACAUCGAGCAUCUACUGAUCAGAAUCUUGCAAUAGAUCAUGCCGCAGAUUCAAAGCAUCCUGUCGAUCAGUCACUACUGAAAAUACUAGAAACAAAAAAGAAAUCGGAGAUUCAUUUACCAGAAGGGAUAGAACUAAAUAAUAUGACACUUCAUACGGCAGUACUUGAAUUUCUGCGCCCAUUAUCACUUCUUUAUCAUGCACUUACACUUGUGCCACCACCAGAGGCAUUAAAAGAUCCUUUCGUCAAUGAAUUUGAACCUUUAUGUCGUUAUCUUGGUUUCACGCCUAGUCUUGGCGAAUUUUUCAGUAGUCCUUGUGUUGAGAAAUUGUUUACAUUAUGGACAUCAUCGCAAGGAGAUAGGUCUGGGAGAAGUUUCGUACGGCAACCAGUUCUGGAAAACGGAUUUGUGGAGUUGCCGGAAGAUUUUUCAGAACUAAUUAAUUAUGCAGCUAGUUUCAGAUGUCCUUCUAUUCCGAUCGACGAUCGUUCAUCAUCGGCACCAAGUUUAUGCCUUCUUUGUGGUUCAUUGCUUUGCUCCCAGAGUUACUGUUGUCAACGUACAGUAAAUGGUAUUACACUUGGAGCUUGCUCUUAUCAUUUAAAAAUGUGUACUGGAUCCUCCGGUGGUGUGUUUCUUCGAAUUCGUGACAGUCAGAUAGUGCUGUUGACAUCACGUGAACGAGGUUGUUUACUUCCAGCGCCCUAUGUAGAUGGCUAUGGUGAAACAGAUCCAGGAUUUCGACGUGGAAAUCCAUUGCAUCUCAGUCACGAACUUUAUGCGAAGUUGGAAAAUCUCUGGCUUAAUCAAUCAAUAGCGGAAGAAGUAGCGAACCAAUAUGAAAUUGAUCAUCGCAAUAUAGGUCUUGAGUGGCAUCAUUUUUAGAUUUUUUAUAGGAAGCUAAUUUUCGUUCUGUAUGCUCAUACAUUUGAUGUAUUUUGUAUAGUCAUGUACGCGACGAAUAAAUGAUGUUCGG